AUGUUAUUUCCAUCUUUUUUAUUAUCCAUAGUAAUUAUUAACCUUUCGUUAAUUAACUCUCAACAACAAAAACAGAGGGCAACAACCAAUCAGUCACAAAAAAGUGAAGUUAAAGUUAAGGGAUCUGUGGGCGUCACAAUUUUAGUAAAAAAAUUUUUGAAAUUUUUGAAAAUUUUUAAAUUUAUUUUUUUUUGGGUAAAAAAUGGGUUAGUGAAACAACAAGGCCUUCUAGAAACUGAUGCACCUUUAACUUUGUGGUGUCAGGCAGUGGAAAUAUCUAACAGUAAUAGAAGAUCUCCUGUUACAGCUUUGCCUGCUGAAGAAAUUUAUUUUACACACAAUGGGAAAACCCAUGUUGCCAACUUUAGUGAGGGAAGCAAUUAUAAUGGAACACUUGACAUUACUGAAGUGUAUGUAGAUCAUGCAGGGCAAUGGACUUGUCAUGUUAAAACUAAAGAUCACGGACUUGUCUAUGGCACAAUUACUGUUUAUAUUCGCCCAGUUGUGCUAAGCAACACACGGUUAAGAAUAUACGAUAUUCCAGAACAAAAAUUUCAAUUUGAAGGAAGUACUAAAACUGUUAUUCGUGGCAGUGAUGUUCUUUUGACUUGUCCAGUAUAUGGCAAUCCAAAAGUUCAAUUUGUAUGGUUUAAAGGAGCACAAGAUAUUGGGGAUGAAAGGAUACACGUUGACAAUAACGGCACUUUGCUAAUCAAAAAUGUCACUUAUCUAGAUCAUGGCAUUUAUACAUGCAAAGCUGUCAACACAAUUACAGACCGAUUUUCAAGUGUAAAUAAAAAAUUACAAUCUACAGUAAGCAUUGAAAGAUAUCUACGAAUAAAAAGUGAAUUCUCUUGGCUUUUACCUCUCGGUGUAAUUAUUUUGUUGGUAUUCUUAUUACUUUUUAUCAUUGUUUUUUGUGAAAUGAGAAAAAGAAGAAAAGAACAAAAACAAUUAAUUAGCGUUAAUAGUGGAGCUGAUGAUGAUUAA